UUACUAUUUAUUUAUUUUUACAUUUAAUUUUAUAAUUUAGUCGUUACUCGUUAGUGUAACUACUAGUAGUACUUAUUUACAGUAAGUAAUUUAGGUAAUUAAGUACAAUUAAAUUAUUAUCUUAUUAUUUUUUUUAUGUAUAAAUACUAAUACAUUUCAAAAUAAUUCAAAUAGUCUUGUAUUUGAGUUAAAGUAUUAAAUUAUUCAUAAUAUUUCAUACUUUACAUUAAUAUGUAUUCUAUGGCUAAUGAAGUAUAUAUUGUGUCUGCUGUACGGACACCAAUUGGUAAGAACAUAAAUGUUAUGUUUUACAAUUAAUAUUACUUAUUUUUCUUUUUUUAAUUAAAAAUUUCAAGUAUAUAAAAUAGAUAAAGUUAAAUUAAAAAAACUAAAAUUAUUUUCAUAAUUAACUAUGGAUGUAAUUAAUACUAUUAUUAAAAUAAUUUCCAAAAUCAUAUUAAUGACCUAGAUCAUACUAUUUGAGAUAAUUUGUUCAGUAUAGUUAAUUUGUCUAAAAUUAAAUUAUAUUGCUGGGUGUAUCCACUUAUAUUUUAAAGACUUACUUUAUCAUUUACUAAUUAAAAUACCUAAUGAAUCACGGUAAAUUAUAAAUUAUCAUCUUAAUAAUAUUAUAUUAUAUUUUUAGUUUUAGUAAAUACCUGUUGAGAAGAUAAAAAAAAAUGUGGCUAUGGUAGAUUUACACAUCUUCUUUGACAUUUACUUUAUAAAUAUACUCUAGGUACAAUAUAGAAUUAAAUUAAUUUUUUGUUUAGAAUGAAACCAAAUUUGUUUUCCUUUUAUGUUGUAUUUAAACCAAAUCAAUUUGUCAAUCCUACCUUAAUAACUAUUUAUCUGUAACAGUAGCCUAUCUGUGGUCAAUUUCAAUUUUUGUUUAAAUAAAUUGAUAAAGUAUUAGUAUUGUUAAUUAAACAUGUUUUACAGUAUAAAAUGCAAUUUCAUUGUUUUUCUAUCAAGAAAUCAUUAAUCAAAUAUCCAAUAUAAAUUUGAUGUGUCUUUUAUAUUGCCUAUAUAGAACCCCCUAACAUUAAAAUUACUUGUUUAGAUACUAAAAAUAGUUAACUCUUUUUCAUUAGUGUUGAAAACCAAAUUCUCAAAAUACUUAUUCAUUGACACCUGAUUUUAGUUUAUUCAAAUUUCUGUGUGAUUGAUAUAUAAAUUUAAUAAAUUUGUUUAUAAGUAAAAUAAUAUUUGAUUUGCACCUUUAAAAGUACUAGGUAAGUAGGUACCUAUUCACUUUUACACAUUUAUUUAUGUGUUGUUUAAAGUUAUUCUCAAAAUGUAUUGUAGGUAGUGCUGUAUGUACUAAAUUGUAUUUUUAUUUUAUUCAAGAAAUAAAAUUAGAUACUUUUUUUAUAAAAUAUAUAAAAUGGUCAUUAAUUUAUUACAGAAUUUAUUAUGUCUUAUAUAAUAUUUUAUAAAUUAUCUAUUAUUUAAUAUUUUAUGCUUAUCCGUGCCAUUAUCAAUUCAGCAUUUUUUAUUCAACAAUUGAUUGAAUUUCCGACAUGUAUGAACUUUAAUUUAAUGAGUACCGAUUAAAUAUGGAUGUAAUAAAUUCUUAAUGAUUUAUAUGUUUGAUUAUUUAAAAUAAUUUUAUGCAAUUAUCAUUUGGUUUUUGUAUAUUUUAAAAAUUAAAAAAAUAACAUAAAGAGAUGAUUUAAGUUUAUUAUUUUAAUAAAAGUAUUCAAUGUUAAAUUCAUUUUUUUUUUUAUUUAAUAUUACUAUUCCAAAUAAAAAUUAUUUUGAUUAUAAUAUACAUGUAAAUAUUUAAACAAUUGAUUUAAAAUAGUUUAAAAUUUUGUUACAUUUAAUGAUUUUAUCAGUUUCUGAAGGAGGAGUUCAAAGUUUAUUUUUUGAAACGUUUUUUUCAUUUUAUUUUUAUAUUUUUAUUUUAAGGUUGUUUAUUAAUACAAUUUCCUAGCCUGUGAAUUGUUGAUACCUUGUUAAUUAUACUAAUUAAUUAGUGAACAAUAUCAAUUUGUUAUUAUUACAUAAUGAUUCAGUGCAAACUUUUCUCAGUAUUUGUUUUAUAAUAGUCCAGUAUAAAAAUAAAAAGUUAUUUUUAUACAUUUUCUCAUAAUAAUUUAUUCGCUUGUAUACCCAUGGAUCUAUGGUAUAUCAAAUAUUAAAUUGUAGAGAAACUAUUUUCAUACAAAUGAUUAUCAUACUUAUUUUCUUGCCUAAUAUAUAAUGGAUAUAUUUGACAUCUUUUUAUGUGCCAUAUUGUUAUUGAAUUCAAAUAUAAAUAUUCAAAUAUUAUUAAUGAUAAAAACUAUUUAAUUACAGGUAAAUUUAGUGGUACAUUAUUACCAUUAAAAGCUGAUCAACUAGGCAGUAUCGUAAUAUCAGAAGUAUUAAAAAGAGCUAAUGUUAAGGAAAAUGAAGUUUCUGAAGUUAUUCUUGGACAGGUAAAUAAAAUAUAAAGUAAUAAUUUUACAUUAUUUGUAGCUUUUACUUAAAAUUAUAAAUGUUUUUGUGUGUUUACUGUAUUAGGCUUUAACAGCAGGACAGGGUCAAAAUCCGGCUAGACAAGCUUCGAUGAAUGCUGGAAUUCCGUACAGUGUACCUUCAUAUGUUAUCAAUAUGCUCUGUGGAUCUGGACUAAAGUUAGUUAAAAUUAAAGUUUUAAUAUAAUUUUAGAACUUAAUAGAUUAGCUAUACCUACUUUUAACUUGGAGGUUACCUACAAAAUAUUAUUGGACCAUAAUCAGAGAUCACAUUAUGUUUAGGUUAUUGAAUUUGAGAAGAAAAAACAAAUUUUAUUAUUUUUUAAUAGGCGAGAAGUUUUUAGAAUUGGAAAAGUAUUUAUGAGUAUUAAGUACAUUUUAUGAUUUAUGAAUUAUUAAAUGUGGAAAUAAUUUUAUUAUUUAACUAUUAAUUUGUGUAAAAAUGGAUCUUAAGUAAUAAUAAGCUCAAAAAAAAAAAAAAAAAUUAAGAAAUUGACUGCAUAGUUUACCAACGAUCAGAAUUAGUGGGUCUUACAAUAUUGGACAGUUAAUUUCAAUACUAUAAUAGUAAAGAAGUCAUUAGAAGUGUAAAAAAAAUUAUGCUUCAAUAAUUGUAUACCAUUGGUGUCUAAAAAUCAUAAUAAUAUAUCUACUUAAAAUGUGUGUAACGCUAACAAUAAUAAAAUACAAAAGUGUGUAAAAUCUAUUGCAUAACAUGCGAUAUUGAUUGAAUUAAAGAGUUGCAAUUAAUUUCGGUGUAAUUUUAAGUGGGCCCAGACUCAAAAAGGUUAAGAUCAACUGUUAUAGAUGAUAUUAUUAACAUAUUAAAAUACAUUUGAAGUAAAAUAUGAAGCAUUCAAAUUAAAUAAAUUAUUUUGCUUAUUGUUCCUUAGAGCUGUGGUUCUCGGUUAUCAGGCGAUUAAAUGUGGAGAUUCUUCAAUUGUCAUUGCAGGAGGUCAAGAAAGUAUGAGUAAUGCACCUCAUGUUUCCAAUUUACGACAAAAGCCUGCAAUGGGUGACAUAACAUUAAUGGACACCAUGUUAUAUGAUGGAUUAACAGAUGCUUUUGAUAAUAUACACAUGGGCAUUACUGGUAAGAUAUUUUCAAAAUAUUUACAUAAUAACAUAAUAUAUUAUUAUACUGAAACUACUGUCUGGAAAGUCGAAAUUUAUGAUGAAGUCAGAUGACUAACUAAAGUAGUUCUACUGAUUAACCCUACCCAGGAAACUUGCAAAACAAAAAUGAUAGGUUAUGAUAUGGUUUUAAAAAGAAUAAAAAAUACAAAGUAGAAUUGCAGCAUCAAUUUGAUUUUUAGCUUGACAAACUUCAAAUAAUUCACACCUAAAACUGAAACAAAAAUAUACUUUCCUGAAUGUCUUGUGAGAGGUAAUUGUUAUCUAUAUUCCAGGAAGUAUGGAACAUCAUUAAUCAUCAUUAUGUCAUAUUGUAACAUUGAUGUCGCUGUUUUCUUCUUCCUAUCUUUGAAGCAAGGAUAUAGAUUUCUUCCUACGCUGUUCAUACGCUUUAUUCUAAUUUGGUAACUUAAUAGAUUAUAAUAUUUAUUAAACAUAUUAUGGUUUACAGCUGAAAAUAUUGCUGAAAGGUACAACAUUUCAAGAGAACUUCAAGAUGAAUAUGCUUUAGUGUCACAAAAACGGACUGCUGAAGCUCAAAAAAAUGGAUUUUUUAAAGAUGAAUUAACUCCAGUUUCAGUAUUAGUACACCGGAAAACUGUUAAUUUUGAUGAAGAUGAAUAUCCAAAACCUAAUACUACACUAGAAUCAUUAUCUGCAUUGAAACCAGUUUUUAAAAAAGUGAGAUAAAAAAGAAGAAUAUUUUAGUAUAGCUUUAAUUUAUUUACUAAAGAAGUGUAUUUUUAGAAUGGUGUUGUUACGGCAGGAAAUGCAUCAGGAAUAAAUGAUGGUGCAGCUGUAGUUCUUUUAAUGAGUGGUGAAGAAUGCAAAAAGCGAGGAUGUUUUCCAAUGGCAAAAAUUGUAUCACAUGCAGAGUGUGGAGUUGAUCCAAAAAUAAUGGGUACUGGACCAAUCCCUGCAGUGCUUAAAACAGUAAGUGUGAACAAAUUUAUAAUAUGCAAUCUUUUUUUCGUUAUGAUACAUUGUAUAUUUGAUAGAAUUUAUUAAAAAGAGUUUCUAUUUAUAUUUAAAGUACAGGUUUAUAUUCUGUUAAUAUAUUUGUUAACAAUUCAACAUGGAUAUGAUCACCAUAAAUAGAGUAUUUUAAUAAAAAAUAAUAUUUUCUGAAAAAAAAAAAAAUACAUAUAAUAUAAUUCAGAUUCAGAGUGUAGGGAUCUAUUGGUUUUACUAUGAUGUGUGAUUUUUUUUAUUUUUUCUGUCUGAACAAAUUUUCUACCAAAAAUUUUACUCUGAUAUAUAGAGUUCAGGAAAUUUUCUCUAAUUGGUGCAUUAGAGUCUUUUUUUUUGAUUUUCCAAAGGGUUUUCAAAAUAAUUGGGAAAACGGGGAACAAAAUUGUGAUAUAGUUAUAUGUUACAGUGCACCGUGUCAUUACUGAUUUCAUUGUUUAUAAUUUUUGCAAACUAUGUUGUUCCAUUUAAUUAAAUUAGAAAUUAACGUAGAGACCUGUAGUUUUCACAAAAUACUUAUAUUGGCCUUUUGUAGACAUGGUAAAAUUCUCAAAACAUUCUAAUUAUUUUUAGGCUAUUUAUUAGUGGUGAGUCAAUAUGACUUUUCCAAUACCCGAUAUUUGAAAUCAAAAACUGAGAGUCUAUAUUGAGAUUAACCGAAAUAUUAAAAAGCCGUUAUCUUAUAUUUAUCAAAAUUGUUCAUAUUAAUUUUUAAACAAUAUAUUAUUUACAUAUAUUUUAUUUAUAUUAUUUAUUUUAUCAUUCUUUGAUUUAUAUUAUUAAAAUAAACAAUUUAUUCAUUUUGUAAUAUUAUUAUUAAAAUUAGACAAAUUAAAUAUUUUUUUCAGAAAAAAUAAUUGUUUUGAAAAUAUCUGGUUCAAUAUGGGUUUUGAAAUACUCAUCACUACCAUUAAUAGGUAUUUGAUAUUUUGUGUUUUUAUAUGUAUUUUAUUUGAUAGGUAUCUGUUAUUAAAAUUACAUGACAUAAACAGAAAUGCUUGAAAAUUAGAAAUUGAAAACACAAGGUACAUUAUAAGAUCAAAUUUUGACUAUAGUUGUAAAAAUUACAACAUUUCAAAAUAUAUCUUACCAAACCUCGCACCAAAUAGUUUUUUUGUUACCAAUGGUAAUUGUUGCAUAUGAAUAUAAAUUAAUUAUGUUAAUGUAUCCUACCUACUGAAUUUUCCACCUACAACAGUGGCUGCACCCAUCCUCUGUAUCAGCUUGUUUUUAUUUUUUAACGCUUUUAAUUAUGAAUAUAUAAAAAAAAAAAAAAACAAAUAUCUCAUACGUAUUUCAUAUUUUUUGAUAAAAGUUUAAAAUAUAAAGUUAAAUAAAAACAAAAUUAUUGGGUAUAAAAAUGAGAAAUGAGAAAUUAUUUAAAAAACAAAAAAAAAAUGUGUUAUCAAAAUGAUUUAAUCAAUUUUCACUUACACACAUAUUUUAGACUUUGGUUAGUUAAAUGCAGUUAAUAUAAAUUAAAUGAUAUACUUUAAUUCUAAAUAAAUCUCAUUGAAAAUAUUUUUAAGAAUUUGUUCAAUGAACUUAUAACAAUUAAAAAUAUAAAUAAAAAUUUAAAUAUUCAUUAUUUCCAAAGUAGAUUUUUUAUCAUUACGGUGAAAUACGCAUGUUCAAAUAUUCACUUUUGUGAUAAUGUUUUUCAAAUUUGAAUUCUUUGAAAUAUAUCUUGUUGACAUUUCUUAGUCUUAUGACUACAUUUAUUCAAUAAAAAUAUGAUUUUACAGAAAAAUCCAUGCUGUUGUAGUUUUUUGAGAUAACAUUCAACUAUAUUUGUAUUUUGUAGAUAUUAUGUAAAUAAUAUUACAUAACAAUAAUAUUACUUAGCACAAGUAUUUUAAAUAUUUGGAUUUUCUAAUAUUAAAAAAAAAAAAAUCUGAUAACUCAAAUAUUUUACAUUUGCUUAUUAAUACAAUUAUUGAAAAACACUUAUAGGUAUUAAGUAUUUUUAAAAUAUAUUGAAUUGAACAAAUGUUUUACUAGGUUAGUAUAGUGUAAUAUUGAACAAAGACACAAUAUUUGAUUUAAAAUAAAAGAAAUGUGUAAUAAUGUAUUUUACAACAGCAUUAAUUUAAAUGGGUGAAAAUAUUUUCAGAUUGAAAAAGCUGGUUGGACAUUGGAUAGUGUAGAUCUCUUUGAGUUAAAUGAAGCAUUUGCCGCUCAAUCAAUAGCUGUAUUGCGUGAUUUGGGACUAAAUUCUGACAGAGUUAAUAUCUAUGGAGGUGCCAUUGCAUUAGGGCAUCCUAUUGGAGCAUCUGGUAUGAUUAAUAUCGUAGUAAUUCAUAAAACAUGGUUGAACAAUAAUCAAAAAAAUUAGUUUACACUUCAUAUUUAACAUUAAUACAAUUUUAAUUAUUCAUUAAAUUAUUAGUAUGUUUAAUUUAUUUGAUAAAUUUAAUUUAGGUGCAAGAGUAUUGGUAACAUUAGUUCAUGCCUUAGUAAGAACCGGAAAAAAACGAGGUGUAGCAUCAUUAUGUGUUGGCGGAGGUAUGGGAAUCGCUGUUGCCGUAGAGACAUGUUGACACCAUUUGUUUUAUUACACCAAAUGUUUUCUGCAUAAGAGGGUUCCAAACUGUAAGUUGAAAUUAAAAUACAAUUCAAUAUCAUAUUAUUAAUCCAUCAUAUUUAUUUUAGUUGUAGAAACAUUCCCCCAAUGAAAAAAUGUUAGAUCAUUUUGAAUUGAAGUACUUACUAGAAGAAAAAUCAAAUUUUGCUGAAACCAAGAAUGACAAUAAUUUUAUUUUUAUAUACUAUUUACAACCAUAACAAUUUUUUUUAAUGAGGAUUUGGGUUAUAUAUUUGUACAGUAUUUAUUGUUGUUAAAUUAUCUUUAAUUAUGUUUAAAAUAUUACAAAAGAUUUUAUAUAUUCAAAUUGUAUUUUAUUAAUUAAUUUUAACUUUUUUUCUAUACAAAUUAUAAAUGUUUUAUUGAAACCGCUUUUUAAUGUAUAAUAAUUUAAUAUUUACUUAGAUAUGGUAG